AUGUCUUUCAGAUUUUUGCGUUAUCGUACCUCAGGUUUUGCUACAAAUACGACGGCAAUUGUAAACUUUUCGGCAUUAAAUCGCAAUUUUUCAAUUUCCAUGGCUUCCCAGGUCGACUGGACUCGAUUUAUUCGAUUUAUCGGCGAAGAUGGUGAGAUUCAUCAGGGUCAACCUAUUGAUACUUCUGGAACAUGGUCUGAUGCUGAUGUGACGAAAUUAAGUGUAAAAUUGAUUAGCGGAGAUCUGUUCAAAGGAACUGCCAAGGUCACAAAUGACGUUAUGCGCGUGAAGAAGCUCUUGGCACCUUUGGAUAGUUCACAAGUUCCCAUUAUUCGUUGCGUUGGACUUAAUUACAAAAGACAUGCGAAAGAGACCAACAAGCAAAUACCGCAACAUCCGAUUUUGUUCAUCAAACCUGGCACAUCUUUACAAGGUCCUUUUGCGCCAAUCAAAAUACCCUAUAUUGCCACCGACAAUCAAGUUGAUUACGAAGCUGAGUUAGCAGUUGUUAUCAAAAAACCUUGUAAAAAUGUAUCAAGAGAAGCGGCAUUGGAUUAUGUUCUGGGUUAUACUGCAUCAAAUGAUGUCUCGGCUAGACGAUGGCAGGGAAUAAAUAAAAGUUCCGGUCAAUGGUGUUUUUCAAAGGGCUUUGACACAUUUUGUCCAAUUGGACCUGUGUUAGUGUCGCCAAGGAUCAUCGGAAAUCCUAACGCGCUUGGUAUUCGUGCACGAAUUAAUGGUAAAAUGUUACAAGACUCAAGCACACAAGAUAUGAUUUUUGAUGUGCCCGAAUUGAUUUCUUUUUUGAGCCGCGGCACAACGUUGCAACCAGGAAGCAUUAUUCUUACUGGGACACCGGAGGGUGUUGGAUUCGUUAGGAAGCCCCCGAUAUUCCUUCAGGACGGUGAUGAAGUGUCAAUUGAAAUCGAUGAGAUCGGAACUUUAACAAAUACCGUGGAAUAUGAAAAGGCGAAUGGUCACGUAAAAACUUCUAAUCUUUAG